AGUUUCUUCUGAUCUAUUUGUGGCUUAGUACUUGUAUAAUAUCGAUAAAAUCUAAAUACUAACUCUGUACCAGCCAAUAAGGUCGCUGCCAUGCAAGUGUAAACGAAACCUCUAUGUAAUUUGUCCAGGAUUUUGUUCUUAACCAUCGCUCUUCUCUUCAUGUUGAAGUAGAUGAAAAAGUUGCCUCUACAAGUCCAGCAAAGAAAUCUGAAUCAACCAGUCUUCUGGAUAUUCACAAUGUUUGUAAGGAUGCAGACUAUCAAGUGUGUGGUGGUAGGAGAUGGAGCUGUUGGUAAAACAUGUCUCUUGAUCAGCUACACAACAAAUAAGUUCCCUUCUGAAUAUGUACCUACAGUGUUUGAUAACUAUGCUGUUACUGUAAUGAUAGGUGGGGAACCCUACACCCUUGGAUUGUUUGAUACUGCAGGCCAGGAAGACUAUGAUAGGUUACGUCCUUUGAGCUAUCCACAAACUGAUGUCUUCUUAGUAUGCUUUUCCGUUGUUAGUCCGUCCUCAUUUGAAAAUGUCAAAGAAAAAUGGGUUCCUGAGAUAACACAUCACUGUCAGAAGACGCCAUUCUUAUUGGUCGGCACUCAGGUGGAUCUUCGUGAUGAUGGGGCCACAAUAGAGAAAUUAGCAAAAAACAAACAAAAGCCCAUAUCAAUUGAACAAGGUGAAAAAUUGGCCAAAGAACUGAAGGCAGUUAAAUAUGUUGAAUGUUCAGCUCUCACUCAAAAAGGCCUGAAGAACGUUUUUGACGAGGCCAUUCUAGCGGCUCUGGAACCUCCAGAGCCUGUCAAACGCAAAAAGUGCAUCAUCCUGUAGAUUAAGACCAUUUUUUCACUUGGGUGAAAAAGUUUCAAAGUAUUUCCAAGAGGUGGGAACAGACUAAAAUAUAGCUACUCAAGAUUAGGACAAAACUGUUUUCAAACAAAUGUUCUGCUUACUUGAGGCCAGCUUUCCUUUUAUGGGUUUUCCAAAUUUGUUUUCAGUAAUUUUUUGAAUUUCUCUGGUAUGGCUCAAAAUGUAUCGGUUCCAUUAUAGAUACUCUGCUUGGAAUGAAUGAGGAAGUCAAAAUAAUUAUGUUAAUGGAUUUCAGAGUACCUUAAUUGUUUUCAAGCAGAUGUAGGUAUAAACAAAGCACAUUCUAAACCAUAACCUCAUUUAAAAUUGACAAUAUAAAAAGAGACAGGUUGAAUGCCUGUCACUGUUUAUUAUUUUCAAUUUUAUCAUAAAUUAUUCAUAGGGUAUAUUGAAAUUAUAUAUUCCAGUCAACUUACCACUUUCUGAUAUUUUGAAGGUACCAACUGCUCAUCUCUAGAAAAUGUCAUGAAAAUAUUUACCGUGAAUCAAAACUGAUUUCAUGUGAAUCAACGGAUUUCACGUGAAUCAACGGAUUUCACGUGAAUCAACGAAUUUCACGUGAAUCAACGGAUUUCACGUGAAUCAUGGGAUUUCACGUGAAUCAACGGAUUUCACGUGAAUCAACGGAUUUCACGUGAAUCAAAACGGAUUUCACGUGAAUCAAAACGGAUUUCACGUGAAUCAAAACGGAUUUCACCAAAAUUAAAUCCGAUUUCACGUGAAUUUAAUUAAGAUCAAGCAUCGUAGAAAUGGAAAAUAUUCGCGUAAAUCCGUAGAUUUCACGUUAAUAAAAUUGAGUUUUACGCAGAUAGACAUCAAUCAGAAUUAGUCCAGAUACUGGGUUCCCGUUCAUUGAAUUAUCUUUUCUGCUGUGAUUAUUAGACUGUGUUUUUAGGCUGAAAUCCUAUUUCACGUGAAUAAAACAGAAUUUCGCCACAAUUCAAAAAAAUUUCACGUUAAUAAAAUAUACUUCCCUUAUAUGAACACAUAGUUCACAGUUGAUAAAACCAAUUUGCUCAGUCAAGAAAUUGGGUUUUAAUCAACUUUUCAAUUGUGAUUCUCCAUGUAAUUAAGUUUACCAAAUGAAAUAUCUGAUAUUACGUGAAUGAAAUUGAAUUUCACGCCAAUUAAAAACGAUUAUGGAAUGACGCAAUAUAUUCGCGUGAAUGAAAUCGAACUUCAGAUAGAAAAAUCAAAUUCAGUGUUUGAAUAACCGAAUUUCGUGCGAAUUGAAACAUAUUUUUACGUACAGUCGUCUUCAUCGAACAUGUCGCCUUUGGACGUUAUGAGCGCUCUUAUUGCAGCAGUGAUCAAGGGAGCUGACACCGUCCAUGUGCGACAUGAUCUGUGAAGACGACUGUACUAUGAAAAAACCGAUAUCACUCAAUUUCAUACAGGUAAUUUCGUGAAAUUUGUUGAAUAAAAGUUGUGUGAUUGAAUGCAGAAGUUAUAAUUGACAAUUUAUUUACAAAAAAUAAUACUUAUAUGAUGCAUUAAUUUUCAAAAUAACAGGAAAUGGGUGGCAAAGCAAAUUGUUUUAAAUGUAUUGAGGUUAAGGAGUUAAUCUUAUUCUAAUUUUAAUUGUUCGUUACACUUCUGUAGGUUUCUUUAGAUAAUCAAUUCUCAUUUAUUUCAUUUACAUAAAAAUGGUGCUAAUAUAACUGUUCUGGAAAAGGGUAUGAAUAUAUUUAAAACAAUUUGAAGUCUUCGGGACAUUCGAGAAUAUUUCUCUACCACAAAAAUACGUGAAUGAAUAAGCAGUACUUUUUAUCUUGUUGCAUAAUGACUCACAUUUUUUUGAAUGUCCUGUAGUUGAAUAAUGUUUAAUCUCAAAUUUACAGAAUGUAUGAAUUAAAAUGAAUAUGAAUAAUGGGUUAACAGAUAAUUUUUUACGCUAAAGCAUAAUUAUUGUAUAUAACUGUGAGAAAGGUUCAUGCGUGCGUGUGAUGAAUAUUAUUUAACAUCUUUUGAAUUUUCAUUACAAAAUAGAGGAUUUGGAUUAAUUGCGUUUCUACAUUUCCAGAGUUAGUACUAAUAUAGGUAUAUUAUUUGUUUUACUAAGUGUGUACAGACGUUUGAAUGUUGUAAUUUAAGUAUCCUUAUCUGAUAUAGAUAUUUAAUACAAGAAAUAAUAAAACAUUUAUAUG